ACUUAAGAACUCACCUUUAAGACAAGAAAUUCGAAAUGUGGAAGACACAGAGACUAUAUUGCAGGCUUGGGAUAAUGACAAAAGUGAUAAGAAUAUUUUAUUAGAAUUAGCUAAGGCUGAU